CUGUCUCGUGCAGCGUGCUUAACCUCUUACAUCCCUGCUCGCAUUCAGCAGUAACACUGGACUCAAUAUCUCUGGCCUUGAGCUGAGCUGCAAGGCGACCAGUGCGACGCACUAGUAGGCUCUGCAGGCUCGCAUUCUUUGCGGUGCAGAACGCACAAGUAUACCUAGACAAGAACUUCACGGGUCUAUCACAUAGCAUGGAUAUGGACGAAAUGCUUAUUGACGAUGACGCGCUCGAGGGUGCUCCGUCGAUUGCCAGCGACGGAGAAACUGUAGCAGAGAUGCAUGAAGUGGACGAACAACUCAAUGUGCCUAUUGUGAGCGACGAGUACAUCCCGGCCGAUCAAUGCUCCGCGGAAUCGUCACUGUCUGAAAGUACACGACAGCACUCGCACAUCCGUGAGGAGAGCGGAAGGAAUCUUUGUUCCACGUCCGCGACGGAAGCCACUCCCGUUAAUGACUCUGAGGACGUAGACAUGUGUAGGAGCAAGGACGCGCCCGACCUAGAAUCAAGCGAUGACGAUGAAGGGCCAUCUAUCUCGCAACCAUCUACAGAUAUACGUGCGGACUUGGAGACCAUUCUCGUCGAUGACCUCGCGGAGACUUUCAAAGGUUCAUACUCGAUGAACCGUACGUACACCGACGUGCCCAAUCCAGGGUUGACCUUGCUCGCCGAUGAUAUCGGCGUUGUCGGUCUGCCACUCAGUGAAAGAGAGGCAAAGGUCGUGAAGUCGGCUUGUCACCCGGUGAUGAUGCAGACUCUGGGCGAUACGACACAUAGCGCAUGGGCUAUGAAUGCCAAUCAGGUCCUGUUCGCAAAUCCAGCCUGGGAGGGCUUCACGCAGCGCGUCGUAGGGGAUGUGUGUUCUGCUUUGGGUGUCGACGUCGCAGAAAGUCAGCCUCGCUGUGAGCUUUCUCAUCUGCUACUCCAUGAGGAGGGCGCGAACUCCGAUGUAUCAAGCAAAGUGUUCGCAAGCAUUCACGUCGUGUUACCCUCCAAAUUCACUGGGGGUGCCACGCAAAUCUCGCACGGAUCACGACGUAUAGUAUACGAUGAAUGUGCGGAAAGCGCUCUCAAGACCAUAGUGCGCUCUUGGCACGCGGAUGCUGUUCACGAACUCCAGCCUAUCACUAGUGGUUAUCGUCUUGCGCUUUCCUACAACAUACUGCAUGCGCCGAGCGUACCUAGACCAACAUUAUCCGAUGACUCCAUUGCCAUCGCUGAACUGCGACGCAUUCUGUUGUCAUGGAAGCGGAGUAUCCGAGCAGACACGCCAAGGAAGAUAAUCUAUCUUCUUGACCACCACUAUCCCGACGAUUCCCUCAAAGUCGACACCUUGAAGGGACCUGAUGCUCACAAGGUGUCCGUAUUGUAUGGACUAGCGCAGCAGUGCGGAAUCUGCCUCGGAUUGGCUACUUUCGAGGCUUUUCAAACGACUCCCGUGGAAGACCUGGGCUACUACCAUACCGAUGACACAUGCGACGAAUCUGUUACCAUCACCAACCUCACCGAUUUCAAUGGCCAACUCCUUCAACGUGACGUGGAGUUCGCAUACAAGGAUAUGAUACCGAACGAUACCCAUUACAUGGUUCAAGAGGGCUCUGUUUUCGAUGAAGAACAUCGCAUAAAGUCCAUGGAAGACGAUGUACCCGACAUGCUCAAGCGAUCCUGUCGUCGUACUGCUCUCAUUAUCCGGCCUCAACACUUCGACCUCGAUAAGACAUACGAAGAUGACAUCUCUUCUAUGCUCGACGAACUGGUAGAGUUACAGCCCGGAAAAUCACGGAAACGGGAUCGCAGGCUUGUCGAGUUCCUUUUCAAUCUUUCACAGGCCCAUGCAAAACAGAAAGGCCGGGUCGCACGAACGUUGUGCAGUGUCGCUUGCUCUUGGCAAGACUUUCAGCUGUGGAAGCGUACGGCUAAAUUGUGCGAGGCAACCCUAGGUGUCAAAACCCUCGGUAGUGACGUCGUCUUUCGAUCAAUCGAGACAUUCGGAUUUCAACUCCUGCUACCAAUUAUGGAAGAAAUGGUGCACACAGAGGAAGAUAAUGAGCCGCUCUUUCAGUUCUUGGAUGCACUGGAGAAGUGGGCAGGAGACUUCGCAGGGGCGAGGCAAGGCGUCCUCGAAUGGGCUCGCACCCAACGCGAAUUCGCGAUCAAUCACCUCGCGAAGCCGAGAGCAGACGACGGUCGAGCCUUGCUACAGACUACUUUGGAACACGGUGGAUUGCCAGCGUUACAAGACUCGAUCGUGCCUCAGCUGUGCAGAAUUUCUGAUCCUAGCUUCCUCUUAUCGUUGGCAGACCUGCUGAAACUAGAGGCGCUGAAGCCGGACGUCUCUCUCGAUGCCCAGAGGAGGAUCACGAAGAUGCAUAUGGACGUCCUCUCAGCCGCGAUUCGGCGGGUCGACCUAUACAAAACAACAACCAGUGCCAUGGUGAAGUUGAACCGCUACCCGUGGCAGAGAUCGGAACCGGUUCCCGAGCCAGCUAUAGCCAUGACUUAUAUGGACGCGUGUCUCGCAGCGGACAGCGAUGAGCUUGUGGGGCAGCUCGUCAAGAAGCUGACCAACCUGCCUACCGGCCGCCUAAGCGAGAAGGACACGACAAUACGGAUGAAUCAUGUCCUGAUUCCUCUGCUGCCUCUUGUUGGAGUCAAGCUCAGGGCUCGGCCGGCCAAUUCACCUACUCUCCCCAGUGUUGCCAAGCUCUACGAGGAGACCGUGCUGUUGUUUCUCCGGACUCGGCCAACCGCGCUCACCAAAGAGGACCUGUCAUGGCUCGUUCAGACCGCGAUUCUUCAUGGAGGCAUUGAUUUCCUUGAGAAAACAGUAUGGCCAGUCAUUCGGUCAAGCGUGGCAUACACCGACAACGAUAUGUCGGAGUUCGUCAACCUUCUUCGCGCCCAUGCCGGCGACUUCCCUCCAUCGAGGACGGGCUCCUCCGUGCGGUCUCUUGCAUCGAAAGUGGUGCGACACAUCGUCGAGAAAGCCAAGUUCUAUGCAUAUGCGAGACCGCGUUACAUGACGGGCGCUCGCACCGGUUCAGAGCCGGAUAUCACCAAAGCCAUCGAGCUCCUGUCGCUAUGUCACCGCACCGAUUGCAUGGACUCUUGUACUCUCCUCUUCAAGCGUCUGCUCGCCCCGCCUUCCCUCUCGCCGGAGUACGUCGAGCACAUCCUCGUGCCUCUCUUGCCUGAGCUGCGCAAGUUCCUGCUGGAGAACGGCCUCUCGCUGUCCGACGAGCCGUUCAGCGCGGUCUUCAAGACCGUCCUCAUGCUCUGGGGGAAACGCGUCCUCGGCCCCAAGCCGAACGAUGUCCCGGCGGACGUCAUGGCCAUGCUGGCGAGCUACAGAUGCAAGUGUGUGGACUGCACCACUGCGUUCAACUUCUUGAUGAGCAGCCCGGAGAGGGACCGCGCCAUCCAUCGCCUCGGUGCGGCGAGGAAGAAGCACCUCGAGUCGAUGUUGGUCACGUAUGCGCGGCGGGCCGCUACGUGGUCAGUGCUCAGGGCUGUCCCACAAGGGUUGCUGAUCACGAAAGAUGACACGAUCCAUCGCCCUAUUCAGUGGAAGUUGGCGAAAAGUCAAAGCGCGACGAUCCUUGCCUCGAUCUCUCCGGACUACGAAGAAUUGAAGAGGAUCCUCGGUGCCGACUAUCAGGUGAUCAUAGACAUGAUGGACGGGCGCAUGCCAGAAGCUGGCGCGCUCCCAACUGCCAGUCCCGAUAGAUCAGCUGCCGUACAGAAAUUACACGAGUUCAUGCGACAGCGAAACAUUUCUUCACAAUCACCCCCCGCGGCUUCGACGUCGUCGGUUUCCUCUGAACGUCCCGCCAUCGCAGCACCGUCAACGCCCUCAGGCCGUACGUCCCUCGCGCAACCAGCCGCCUCAUCCCGUCCAACUGGUACUUCCGUCGCCCCGCCCCCGCCGCCUGCUUCCAAACGCUCCACGCAGACUCAUCAGCAGCCUACGGGCGGCCAGUGGAACGUCGACCCCCUCCCCGAGCUGCUGCCAGUGGGCACUAGUAAACGGACUACGAAGACUCUACCGAAGACGCCUACUGGAGUCCCGAGCAUAGACCUACUCCGGGCAUCCACUGCGAGUCAGCCCGCCACCCUUCGGACGUCGCCGCGCAGGAGGACGAAGCAGACCGCGAGGAAGGGCACUGGUACGGGGGGACGUCUUCCCAGUGUUAUGUCCGCAAUGGUGAAUGCACGCCCCGCGGUCCCUGCGACGGCGUCCCGCACCAGGUCGGGUGCUCCCGCGAUGCAGCCCGUUGCGAGCUCGCAGUCGUCCAAGACCGCGACUCCGUCGCGCAAGCGCAAGAGGGUGUCGUACGAUCCCUUGGAUGUCAUCGACCUGACUUCAGACUAAAUAUUGUGAACUCGCCGUCAAACUAAUGGUUUGUCUCGUCGUCAAACGCUGCAUGCUCGUUACAGUACAUUAUUCUGCUCUGCCUCGCUCUGAUAGAUCCUCCUUGUUUGGGGGUAUCGUACUCAUGUAUAAUGCGUAGCCUGUUUCUCCGUAGUGUGUUCUUUUAGAGACGUAUACUUCACAACUCAAUUGUAAUGUUGAAACUGAUUGGUAGUUCGGUUUGA